UUGCGCGUACCCCACAGUUCAUCUAAGUGGUGAAAAUGACUUAGAUGAGAACAAAUCAGAGAUGGAAUUAUGUUCAAGGCAUAAACAAAGCAUCCAUACAAACCUGCCAUUUCGUUUGAGUAGGCUUUGAAGAGCUAAAUUUGAAAGCAGCAACCUUUUAAAAUUUGAUUUAAAAAAAAACAGACUGCACCGGUUCUAUGUAAUCGUACCUCCGCAGAGUAGUUAUCAUAGGUAAAGCCAACGGUAUAGAAGAGGAAGGCACUCGUGCGUGUCCGCAGGGAGCGAGCCUUGAAAAGAUUCAUACGCACUAAAGCAGGCAGACGGUGUGCUAUUCAUCACUGACAGGCGGAGAGCGCUGAGAGAGGGGGGAAGAAAAACAUCGGCGUCAUUUAACCAACGGGAAGGUUCCGUCUGGUUAUUUGCGCACGGCUUCGUGCAGGAAAAACCCAGGUAGCAGAACAGUUUAAAAUUCAGCACCGGGGACAGUCUGACAUCCCAGGGCUUUGACAAUCACGGCGUACGGCGUUCCCGUCAUUGCAGAUGGAAAUGACAAAUCAAAUUUGCGGCAGACGGAUCCCUCCUGCACCUUAUCGGUGUUACUGUAGGCGAUACAGACGCGAGUAGGCACGCGCACAACUCCACUCAGCUGCGUCUACGGGCUUCAGAUAUCGUUCCUGAAGAUUACUAAACAGUACCGAGCUCUGAAACGUUUUCAGGUGUCUAGGAAAAUUGGAAACCGUGUUAUAUGGUUCACGUAAAUAUCGCUUCAUUUACUAAACAGUACUGAGCUGUGGAACGUUUUCGACUGUCUAGGGAAAAUUGGACAUCGUGUUAUAUGGUUUACGUAAAUGUCGUUUUAUGUAAACCCAGAGUGCAUGAUUGAUAUGGGACACGGCCUGAACAUUUGGAUAGAAGACAGCUUAUCUCUGUGAAUAAUAAUUGAACUGCACGGAGAAAGGCAGGAAAGGCGGCAUCAAAUCCAAUUCCCGGGAUCGUAACGCCUACGUCUUCGCGAAGAAAGGAGAAACUGUUUACGAAGCAAGCCGCGCAACGAACGCGUCACGGUGUAUUCAAACCGCAUCAACUGACGUGUCUGGCUUACGGAGCACCCGCCGCCUCGGGGGCUACCUCUCUGUAUUCAGUACCCCGGACAGCUCUGUAUACAUCGCCGCGAACGUUAUCCAAGAUCUACGUGUUCGCUUUGUCGCGGACGGACGGACAGGUCUCCCUCGAGGCUUCGCGCGUCAAACAGGUUUUGUCAAGCGGUGGAUCAGGUCCACCGCGAGCGCCGGGCUGUCGUACAAACAGGAUAAUUGAGACGUCUGUUGGCGAUAAGAAGGCGGGAAGUCUGACGUCACCUGGACAACACGAACCGCGGCAUCCUUCCGCGUCCUGUUGUGGAUUCUUCCUGCGUGGGUGGACUCUGAUUUAUCUAUAAGAGUAGAUACUGCCGGUAAAUGACGCUGAUUUACUGGAGUUGCGAACGGUACGACAUCUAAAAGGGCAGUCGUGCAGAAGCGGUCUCGCUACGUAGGUUAGGCGGGCCGCUUUCAUACCCCACGUGAGCUCAGCACAAACAAGGUCUGCUCUGUUUCAAAAACACCCGGAGCUUUCCAGUGGUGUUAGGACGUGGUGUGUUGAUAAACGCAGCAGACAGGCCCGAAAAUACAUCCGGAGCUGUCCAGUGGUGUCAGGACGUGGUGUGUUGUUAAACCGCGGCAGACAGGAAAAAAAACCCAGAGCUGUCCACAGGUGUUAGGACGGGGUGUGUUGAUAAACGCAGCAGACAGGCCGAAAAACAUCAGGAGCUGUCCAUAGGACGUGGUGUGUUGAUAAAACACAGCAGACAGACUGUAGUACAGAUCGAACGAGACGCGCCAUCCUCUGUCUGUAGCGCUACUCCUGCGCGCAUCUCAGCGGUGAGGAGUUUUCAGGAUGGGGCUUGGCACAAGCCGGGGAUGUUCGACGGGCGCCAGGGCCAGAACCACGCGGAUACAGUCUACAACAGUCACGCAGGUCCUGUGGUCCAAUGCCCUUCCAGGGAUUGCUCUCGCCAGGGGAAUGCCGCGCAGCCCCACCUUGCGACCUUUGCCUGAACACCACCCACCCCUGCCGGGUACCAUCCCUCCCGCCACGUCCAUCUCCCCCGCCACCCCUCGCCACUCCGUGUCGGUCCCCUCGGGAGGCAGGCGCACCUCCACCACCUACUCCAUCUCCCUGUCCCAGCAGAACUCCGUGGAGCGUCCCAUCCCGACGCCACAGAACUCCAUGGAGUCCGACAGAUCCUCGGAGCGCCACCCGAGCACGGAGGCGGACCCUCGCGUCCUAGAGGCGGCGCUCGUGUGCGGAGACAUCAGACUCCCCAACCUGCCCACCGGCGAGGCUGUGACCAACCCCGCCGCUGGUAACGCCGCGGGCAUGCCGAAAAUAAACCUACUGGCGGGAGAACCCACCUUUAACAAACUAAAAACCUUCACCAAGAGAAUGGUGGAGAACGCGAAGAACGUGGAGAAGGAGAAUAAUUCCGGAAAGAACAGUGAGGGAGAGGACGCCAACGCCGACGUCAGAAACGCCGCGCCGAAGACGAGAAGAGGAACGCUGACGCGACAGGCCUCGGUGACGUCACAGACCAGCAACAUCUCCGUGGAGGUGGAGACGGCGGUGAUGCGGAAGGGGCGCAGGCGCAGUAGCGACCCCAUGCUGCAUAGAAGGAUUUCUGUCACCAUGCAGGGUGACGGUACAGGUGGUUUCAGCCAGCUGCGGGAGGUCACAGUGGACGGUGACGUCAUCCCACUAGGCUUCCCUCCCGGCGCGAAACAUGGCGGCUCCCCGUCGGUGCCGUGCAGCCGCAGCUCCUCCAUCUCUCUCACGGUCGAUGCGGACUUCAACCCCGAAGAGCUGGGGAAGAGGGGCUCGGUGAGCGGGAAGGCCAAGCCGCCGCUCACCCGUCGGCACUCCUGCGUGGUUCUGCUGAAGCAGGGGGAGAAGAAGAACGGUAAAGGCGGCAGGAAGAAGCCCCUGGUGAGACGGCACUCCGAGCUGGCCGUUAUGAUGGAGGCGGACGGGCACGACAUCGAGAUUGAGACGAGAGGCCCGGUCUUUGAUUGAAUCAACA